AUGUUAGGAGGGGCUAAUUAUGCCAGAAAUUAUCCACGGAUAUCCAAGGACCACGCUGCCAGUGCAGAAGGAGAUGACGAAUAUCAACACAGCAACAGAUCUUCAAGUAGCAAAGAAACCAGGCUGCCUUUGGAUGGAAUGAACCAAGGAUCGGUAUGGGUCUGGACACGUCAUAUAGCUCAGGUCGUACCUGAGCUCGGGCGCUGUAUCCAGACGUGCUGCACUCCGGGAGUGAAUGUGCGCCUUUACACAUUUUGCCCGGUACAGUCGCGGGUAGAGCCCAGCUGGACUCGAGAGAUGAUCGCAAUCGAAUGGGGACACACAAUUGUAAUUACCAAACUACACUUACUUUACCCAUGCAGACGGCUCAUGGAAUGCUAUCACGUGAAAAUCCAUCAACGCUCCCAGCUAGUAAGCGUGCGGUUUAAUGUCUCUACUAUCAGGCUCUAAAGACAUGACCGCUGAGUUCGUGUUAGAUUAAUCCGUCGUUUUACUUAGUCUGG